UUUCAUCAUUCAGUGGUUUUCUAACUUUCGAUCGGUUCAGUUGUUCUUGUGGCUACUAUCACAGAGUUUGAAGCGUACGCGGGUGUUCUGUGGUCUAAACUCGGUCGUUUUUUUCAUGUUUUGGUUCGAGAGACGAUAGUUCAAAAAGAUGGCUUGCAACUGUCCUGGUACCCAACCAGGACCCACCCUAGCGUCCACCUGCGGCGGGGUCCAAUUCAUGCUCUUCAUGGGUCUUCUCGAGGUGUUCCUGAGGUCCCAGUGCGACCUAGAAGACCCCUGUGGUAGACCACAUACGACCCCUCUUCUUCCAGAGUACGAUUUCAUCGUGGUUGGUGGUGGAAGCGCUGGGGCUGUGGUGGCUAGCAGGUUAUCUGAGGUUCCAGAGUGGAACGUGUUGUUAGUGGAAGCUGGCAACGAUGAACCGACUGGUACUCAAGUACCUUCGAUGUUUCUGAAUUUCAUCGGGUCGUCCAUCGACUGGGGGUACCAGACGGAACCAGAGCCAGAAGCUUGCUUGUCAGAGAAGGAUAGGAGGUGUUAUUGGCCCAGGGGAAAGGUUUUGGGUGGUACUUCCGUGAUGAAUGGGAUGAUGUACAUCCGGGGAUCCAAGAAGGACUUCGACGAUUGGGCUGCUGCAGGUAACCAAGGGUGGAGCUUCGAGGAGGUUCUACCUUAUUUCUUGAAGAGCGAGGAUAACAAACAGAUGGAUAAGAUGGACCAGGGGUACCACGCCACUGGGGGAUUGUUGACGGUUUCGCAGUUUCCUUACCAUCCUCCUUUGUCUUCGGCUAUUCUUGGAGCUGCACAGGAAUUAGGCUACCCAAUCAGGGACCUGAACGGAAACUACCACACGGGAUUCAACAUAGCCCAGACGACCAACAAGAACGGCUCUCGUCUGAGCACUGCCAGGGCCUUCUUGAGGCCCUUCAAACAUCGAAGGAACCUCAACAUCUUGAUGAACUCCACCGUCACCAGGGUGCUGAUAAACACCACCACCAAACAGGCCUAUGGCAUAGAGGUCAUCAACAACGGGGUCAAGCAGGUCAUAUACGCCAGCAAAGAGGUCGUGGUUUCUGGAGGUGCUGUCAACUCCCCCCAGAUCCUCCUCCUGUCCGGGGUCGGACCCAGCGAGGACCUACGAAGGGUGGGACUCCCGGUGGUCCAAGACCUCCCCGGCGUCGGUCGCAACCUCCACAACCACGUCGCCUACUUCGUCAACUUCAACAUCAACGACACCAACAGCGCCCCCCUGAACUGGGCGACGGCCAUGGAGUACCUCCUGUUCAGGGACGGCCUCAUGAGCGGCACCGGCAUCUCGGAGGUGACCGGCUUCAUCAGCACCAAGUACAACGACCCCAACCUCGACCACCCUGACGUGCAGUACUUCUUCGGCGGUUUCCUCGCCAACUGCGCCAAGACCGGCCAGGUGGGGGAGAAGCUGGACAACAACACCAGGUCCAUACAGAUCAUCCCGGCCCUGUUGCACCCGAAGAGCAGGGGGUAUCUGACGCUGAAGGACAGCAACCCCCUGAGCCAUCCACUGAUCUUCGCCAAUUAUUACACGAACCCCGAGGAUGUUAGGGUGAUGGUGGAGGGUAUCAAGUUCGCCAUAAAGCUGUCGGAGACGAAAGCUCUCAAGAGGUACGGCUUCCAGCUGGACAGGACCCACACCCCAGGCUGCGAGAAGUUCAAAUUCGGGACAGACGACUACUGGGCUUGCUCAGCGAAGCAGAUGACCGGUCCGGAGAACCACCAGGCUGGCAGUUGUAAGAUGGGGCCCCAUUCCGACCCCAUGGCGGUGGUGAACCCCUUCCUGCAGGUCUACGGCGUGGACAGACUGAGGGUGAUCGACGCCAGCGUGAUGCCUAAGGUCACCUCGGGCAACACCAACGCCCCGACCAUCAUGAUAGCGGAGAAGGGCUCGGAGAUGAUCAAAUCCAGAUGGCUGACGCCGGAGGCUGGGUUUUUCUACACGAAUUACCCGCAACAAAGGAUAGAUAGGAGGUGGGACUGGAGGUACUGAAGGUUUCGAGUGAUGGCAGGGUUUAAUUGAUAUUUAUUCAUAAUAUUUAUGACAGACCAAGGGGGUGUAACGAGGUUUCAAGUGUAUCGAUUUUUUUCACCAACACUAGCCACUCUUUCUGUUGAACUUUCUUAUAAUCUGUACAGAUGAUUGUUUGCCAUAAAAUGAGAGCCCAACACUCCAAUUAUUUUUAAAUUCGAUGUACAGAAUGUCUCAAAUGAAAAGGGUUUGAUUCAAUUGGGACGCCCUGUAAAUCGUUUUGAAUUUUUGUGAAAACCUUGAAAAUCAGGAUAUUUUAUAGUUUAUUGUGUAAUUAGUCUAGUCCAUUUUAACUUCAGAAUCGUUUAUUGUUUAUUGUCAGUUUGGAUUACAAUAAAAGUUUUUU